GUCCCAGACAACAGCAGCCAUGCCAUGGUUGAUUUCCCCUCCAUUGACGGUGCAAAGCCGGCUGUACUCGCUCCAGACAUACAAAUAGCACCCACAACGCACCUUCCUUUUCGCCGGAUAUCUCUCCCCUCCGCUCCGAACCUGCAGAGACAGUCUAUUGCCAGUCUUGCGUCAUACGACUCGAUACCCGAGGGACCACAGUCGCCUGCGACUGCAACUCCCCUGGCCAGGCCACCGUCCAGGGGGUCAAAGCGUCCAGGAGCAUCCGUUGAUUCCGCCAAACGUCCGCUUCGGCGCAAGGAGAUCAAGUCCGCAGUGAUGGACGAACAGAGAGAAGCGAAAAGACGCAGAGUGAUUAAUGAGCUGUAUGAAACCGAGCGAACAUAUGUCGACGGUCUGGACCUCAUCUAUUCGCAUUUCCUGACGCCUAUCAUUGCCUCAUUGGACACUCCCAAUCAGCUCUUGGAUCGCGCUGAGCUCACGUCGGUCUUUUCCAAUUUCAUUGACAUUUGGAAUCUCCAUCGUUCAUUUUAUUCGUCGCUAUCUUCUGCUCUCAAUGCUUCAUCCUCAACGCUCCAAGAGCAGGCACAGCUUCCACCUAUCUCUCCCAUCUUGCACUCUCAUUUUCCGUAUCUCUCACUAUACACUCCUUUCGUCUCCUCCUUCUCCGAUGCUCUUACAUCGUACAAUGCUCUGCUUUCGAAACACUCCGAUUUUGCUUUGUUCAUGUCGACUCAAGAAGCCGACCCUCGCUGCGGGAAGCUCAAGUUCCGGGACUGGCUCCUCACUAUUGUGCAGAGAUGCCCCAGAUACCUCCUGUUGCUCAAAGAUCUCAUCAGCUGCACAGAACAAGAGGAUCCGGAACACUCCAGCCUGAUUGCUGCGCAUACACUUGUAUCUAAGAUUACGGAAUCGCUCAAUGCGUCCCUACACACCCAUGUUCAAACCUUGGAUCUGCUAGCACUCCAACGCAGCACUGUCGGUCUUCCUUUUCAGCUCAUUGCUCCGGGCCGCACAUUCCUUAAGCGUGGCCCUCUCCUCCAAGUCGGGGGCUCCACGGCUCGGGGACGCGAAUUUUUACUGUUCUCGGACUCCCUCGUCUGGUUGUCUAAUGCAGACAAGACCGAUGAUGCGGAACGGCAGCGCCACUGGGAGCAGCUCGUCAGCGAGCCGCCCCGUAGUCCAAACAAGCGACCGAUGCUAUCGCGUUCGCGGAGCAAGAGUGACGCAGACUUAGUGACGCAAGCGGCGCUGAAACGCAAUAGCUCCGCAGGUCUCAGACUCAAGCUUUCCGGGCCGUCGCAGUUGAAGAAACGUCUAUCGGGCAUCGGCGCUACGGAAGAGAAGUGGGUGUACAAGGGUCACAUCGAGCUGGUCGACCUUGAGGUCGUGCUCGGUUCACCUGGCGAGCCGAGCGAACACUUACGUCUUGAGGUUCUUAGUCCGCGCAAAUCCUUUGCUCUGUAUGCCUGCAGACAAGAAGAGCGCGACCAGUGGGCAAGCGCUAUCCGGAAUGCCAAGGCGUCUUUGCUGGUGUCGCUCAACUCCAUGUACCCGAACUCCACGCUGACCUCGUCUGCCUCGACGAACCACCUCCGGCACGCGUUACAGGCUUUGCCGUACUCACCGGACGUGGAGUCGAAGAACCCGCAGCGAGGCAGGGUGGAACACUUUGUGCCGGCUGUUUGGAUACCGGACAGCAAGACCGAGAGUUGCAUGCGGUGCGGGCGAGCAUUUGGUUGGCGGAGGAGGCGGCAUCAUUGCAGACUUUGUGGCCGAUGUGUCUGUCACAGCUGUUCUACCAAAACAUUCUUCAUCGUGGACUCGGAUGACGCGAAGCCGAAGCAGGACCACAAACCUGCGCGGGCCUGUGAUGCCUGCUACGACACUGUCUUCCCUGUGAUGAGCGCUGCGCCCGAGUCUGCAGCCACGACAGCAACGAUAUCACGUCUCACUCUCUCCGGUCUCCGGUCCAUGCCUUCCUUACUUACUGAAGAUGGUAUUCAGCCAUCACCGUCAGUUCUGAUGGCCAUCGACAUCGAGCCAGUUAUGAGGCGCCAGCGCUCUAAGGCUGACAUGCGCUUACCUCCAAUGCAACCUAUGCCCUCUCGUGAACCGUCCGACGGUCCAUCGCGUCCUGCAAUUAGGAUCAAGACUUCGUCACGCCCACGGAGUUUCAUUGACAUCGUGCAGGACUUGCACGACUCGCCUGGUGAGGCAUCGUCACCGACAGGAAAGAGUCCCCUCAUCCCACGGUUUAGCCACGGCGGCGCUGAGCCGUCGUUCAUGCUCGAUGACCUCGAAGAAGACGAGGAGGAUGCCGAGGGAUCUAAUCAGCAUGGUUCGAGCACGCUGAGCUCUCGUUCAGACCUUGCGGUGUCGAGCAGCUUGCCACCCUCUCCGCUUCCUGCUGCGGUCAUCGCAGCACGGAGGGAGGAUACGGCGCGGCGGCGGAAACGGUUCUCGCUUCCCGCGGUCGCGAUCAACACGACGCCGGUCACGACGAAGUCGAACGUCAUCGGCGAGGGCAAGACCAAAAGGUGGUCGCUCUUGCUCGGGAAUAUAAAGACAAACGGCAGCGAAUUCGUGCAUGACGUUGCCGCAGGGAAAUUGACCGAGUUGCUUGGGAGACAUGCGAAGCCCGAGGCGGCUGGAUAGGCGUUGCUCGAACACGGCUGGAGGGUCUUGCUGUCUCCAACUUUACAGAGAUAUCAAUUGCCUUCCACGACUGCCAUCCUCGCCCUAUAAUUUUUCCCAUCUUCAUUUAUCGCAUAGUUCAAGG